AUGUCGCCAACCUCUACUUCAAACCAAUUAUUGAAACGACUAUUUCAGAGCCCACUAUUGAAAAACCCAUCUCGAUGGUUAUUUGGCAUACCUAGAAAACAUUCACACAAAUUUAUUGAAACUCAAAAUUACGAUAGAAGGGCACUAGAUACGAAUGCUUUUGCACAAGCGUUAACACAAACUUAUGCAAAUUCUCGUACAACUGUGCUACCCUUGGGUUGUGGAAUUAAUUUGACAGUUGACAAAAGUGACGAUGGCUGCAUCUUAUCGCCAAUUGUCGGGCGAGAUGUAGGUGAUGUGCCUCAUCGACUAAUUGUGAAUAACAAACAAUUAAUUGAAUACCUAAAGGAUAAGCCCAAAUUGACUUAUCAUUUCAAACCUUUGCGUAUGGAAACGUUGGGAUUGUCUUUGCAGAUGAAGAGCCAGCUUGCGCCUGAUAUCACCGAUAUGAUUGAAAACUCGUAUAAGGAGAAAAUCGACUCAUUAUUUAAGGAGGUAUCAGAGAAGUUACCAGAGAUUCCAACAGGAAAUGACGGAAUUUUACUUACUACUACCACUUCCAAGUCAUUGAGCCAAUGGGGAGAUGGAUAUAUGAAGAUAGACAAAUCAAUAUUUGGACUUAAAAAGGAUAAGUAUAUCGAGUUUGCAAACCAUCCAGAGUUGUCACAACUCAUCAUUGCGUACAUUGACUUUAACAGUUAG